UGUUUGUUUGGUGCAGGGUAUAUCUGAAGCUGAGGCAGAGAAGAUCCAGGUGGAGGGGUUCAUGUUUGUCAGAACAAUGGUGUUCCCCACAGCUUUAGAGAAUCAUCUCAAAAGAUCAAAAAUGAUUCAAAUCACAACAGGAUCUCGUGAGCUGGAUAAACUAUUGAACGGAGGUAUUGAGCCUGGAUCUGUUACUGAGAUGUUUGGAAAGACUAGAACUGGAAAAUCUCAGCUGUGUCACACCCUGGCUGUAACAUGCCAGAUACCUAUAGAUAACGGAGGAGCUGAAGGGAAAUGUUUGUACAUAGAUACAGAAGGAACAUUCAGAAUGUUCAGAACUGAUCGGGGUAAACAGUCAGCUCGCCAGAUGCACUUGGGUCAAUUUAUGCGACAAUUGAAUAAGAUCAGCGACGAAUUUGGUGUCGCCGUCGUCGUUACAAAUCAGGUUGUAGCUCAAGUAGACGGUGCCGCUAUGUUUAAUGCAGAUCGAAAUAAACCUAUUGAAAAUGUUAUGUCGAUUGCAUCAGCCACCAGAUUAUAUUUCAUAACGGGUCGAGGAGAGACUAGAAUAUGUAAGAUCUACGCCAGUCCUUGUCUACCCGAAGGAGAGGCAACAUUUGCCAUUAAUGCUGACGGAAUUGGAGAUGCUAAAGACUAAUCGGUUUUCU